GUAUAGAAAUGAAUUUCCAAUCUCUUGUUACAAUAUUAGUUCUUCUUGGAGUAUCGGUUGAUGCCCAGAAUGAUCAAUCAGACUUCAUCAGCAUAGACUGUGGGAUUCCCAAAGGGUCAACAUACACCGAUCAAGUAACAGGCAUAAACUACAUAUCCGAUGCUGAAUUCAGAGACACUGGCGAAAUCCAUAGCAUAAUGCCCGCAUAUAACUCGUUAGACAUUUAUAAACAUGCUACCACCCUCACAAGUUUUCCACAAAACGCAAGAAACUGCUACACCCUAAAACCAAACCAAGGAAAGGGUAACAGGUAUCUCAUAAGGACAAGCUUCAUGUAUGGGAAUUAUGACUUGAAGGGCCAACUUCCAGAAUUCGAUGUCUAUCUUGGACCUGAUUACUGGGAUACCAUGAAAUUCAAUUCGUCAUCUCAACCAGAAACAAUGGAGAUCAUACAUGUCUCAUCAACAGAUUACAUUCAUCUUUGUCUAGUAAAUAUAGGUCGUGGGACUCCUUUCAUAUCAGCGAUAGAACUACGUCUUGUAGCUGGCGACAUGUAUAAAGAAACCGAUUUUGGAUCAUUGUACCUUUCUGCACGGGCAAAUUUUGGAACCACACAUGGAAUAGUCAGGUAUAACAAUGACAAGUAUGAUCGAGUAUGGACUCCAAUUAAUUGGCCUGAUAGUAAAACUUUAUACACUCGGGAACAAGUGUCUGUAGGGUUAUCGAACGUCUUUGACCCACCAUCAGAGGUUAUGAGUUCUGCUGCGACGCCAACAAACCCUAAUGAUCCAUUUAAAAUAGAGUGGAAUCCUUUUAACACCAACGAUAAAUUUUUCAUUUACAUGCACUUUACUGAAGUUGAAUUACUGAAAAGAAACCAGACCAGAGAAUUCAACAUUUAUCUGAAUGGGAACCUCUCGUAUGGACCUUUCUCUCCGAUAUAUCUGAACGCAGCCAGUAUUUAUAGCACAGUGCAUGAAACGAUAGCACCAAGAUAUACCCUCAUAAUAAAUAAAACAGAAAAUUCAACCCUUCCACCCAUUAUCAACGCUCUUGAGCUCUAUGUAUUAAAGCAGCUCACACAAAGGCAAACAGAUCACCAUGAUGUUGCUGCAAUAGGGAGCAUUAAAUCUUAUUACAGAGUAACUAGAAAUUGGCAAGGAGAUCCAUGUGCACCACAGGAAUUUGUUUGGGAUGGUGUUAGAUGCAGCUACAACGAUACGGAGAUGUCUAGGAUCACGUUCUUGAACUUGUCUACAAGUGGAAUUAAAGGAAAAAUAGAUCAUGGAUUCUCUUAUCUAGCAAUGAUAGAAACCUUGGAUUUGUCGAACAAUAACUUGACAGGAACUGUGCCUGAUUUUCUCUCUGGAAUGAAAUUCUUGAAAGUCCUGAAUCUAAGAGGAAACAAUUUCAUUGGGCCGAUUCCAGAGGAGCUUCUAGCAAAAUCAAACAACGGAUCAUUGUCAAUAAGAUUCGAUGGUCAGAGUACAGAUGAAGACGCAAGUUCUUGUGUUAUGAAUCGUUGCAAAAACAAGAAGAAUAAAAAAUUCAUUGUUCCAGUAAUAGCAACGGUUGCUUCCCUCUUUGUGAUCCUGGGUGCAAUCACCACCAUAUGGAUAAUUAAUAAACAAAAAGGUCAUGGUUCAAUUCGUCAAAGUAAUUUGCAUACGAACAAAAGCAAAACAAGCAGCGAUGGGUUGGAGAUAAAAAGACAAAAGUUCACGUACUCAGAGGUACAGAGCAUUACUGACAACUUCAAAGUCGUUAUUGGGAAAGGAGGAUUUGGAAAAGUUUAUCAUGGACAUAUAGGUGAUGCUCAAGUUGCUGUGAAGAUGCUUUCUGCAUCAUCUCAACAAGGGGACAAAGAGUUUCAAGCCGAGGCCAAUCUUCUCAUGAGUGUUCAUCAUAAAAACUUAACUACGCUGGUUGGGUAUUGCAAUGAAGGCAACCACAAGGGAAUUAUCUACGAUUACAUAGCUAAUGGGAACUUAGAAAAUCAUAUAUUCGAUACAAGUUUAAGUGUCUUAACUUGGGAAAAAAGACUACGAAUAGCAUGUGAUGUUGCAUGUGGUCUAGAGUAUCUUCAUCAUGGUUGCACACCACCUAUAGUCCAUAGAGAUGUUAAGUGUACAAACAUCUUAUUGAACGAAAAGUUUCAAGCUAAACUAGCAGACUUCGGGUUAUCCAGAGCUUUUCCAACAGAAGCUGCUACACAUAUUUCAACAUUAGUUGCUGGCACUCCUGGGUACCUUGACCCUGAGUAUCAGUCGUCAUACAGAUUGACUGAGAAAAGUGACGUUUAUAGUUUUGGGGUUGUGCUUCUGGUGAUAAUUACAGGACGACGAGCUAUAGCCAGAUAUGAUAAUGACAACAAACACAUAAGUCGAUGGGUUAAUUUAGAGCUCUUAGAUGGGAAUGUAAAAAGCCUGGUUGAUCCUAGGUUACAAGGAGAAUUUGAUAUCCACUCAGCAAGGAAGGCAGUAGAAUUGGCAAUGACUUGUGUUGAUGACAUGCCCAACAGACGACCAACCAUGAAGGAAGUGGUCAUGGGUUUAAGUGAUUGUUUGGUAACUCUUCAGGACGCCAAAACAGAAAAUUUGUCAGGAAUCGUAUCUCUUACUUUGGAGAAUGGAACUUAGCUUGAUCCAAAUCUUAGAUGUUGAAUUAAACACACAUUUGUUAUGUGACAAUAAUUCUUUAAAGAUCAUUUGUAACUGAUAUAUAUUAGCUCAUGAUAAUAAAAGUAUCAAAAUAUAUAGGGUUUAUCAGACUUGUGAAAGGAACAAAAGUAAUCAAAUAUCAAUCACAGGUUAUUACUUUCUGA